AUGCGACAAUCCUUGACAAGGCUAAGCAAAAUGUUUCUACUGGGUGAACGUGAUGUCCGAAAAGCGCUUGAUCUCAAUCAAUGCUUAGAAGUCAACAAACGAGCCCUGAUAUCCAUCUGUCAAGGCAAAGGUUUCGUACCGAGUCGACUCGGACUGCCCUAUCCCAACCAUCCCAGUGUAGCGUCUCCAAAGACGAGUGACGGCAGUAGUAGUGAUCCUGAUGAUUGGACCUUGAUAAAACCAGCUGCCUUCUAUGGUCAAGAAGAAGACUCCAAUAAUAUUUCCAUGGGCCUAAAAGUGGUCAGUGUGCGAGCCAAGAACCCCUCCAAUGGUUUGCCCUUGGUUCCGGCCUCCAUCUUAUUGGUAGAUCCACCCAGUGGGAUUGUCCAAGCUACACUUAGUGGAACCUAUGUGACGGUUGCUCGGACGAGUGCGGGACCGGCACUGGCGGUCCAGACAUUCAAGCCUGAUUUGCAACAUCUAGUCUUGUUUGGAGCCGGUGCACAAGCAGCAAUGCAUAUUGAACUCAUGGAACUGGCCAUUCAACGAAGAAUACCCAAAAUUACCAUUAUCAAUCGAUCAUUGGAACGAGCACAGGGAUUGAAAGAAAAUCUGGAUCGCGGGGAUGAUUCCAUUCAAGUGGCGGCACUUGACGACACUGCUGCCAUUGCAUCUGCCUUGCAAGAGGCGGACGUGGUGGCAGCCACUACCAACACGACGAUACCACUGUGGAAAGAACACGUUCAACUCAAAGAAGGAUGUCUCAUUACGGGAAUUGGGUCCUAUACACCUGGUAUGCAAGAGAUUCCCGAAUAUGUUGUGAACGAUUCACACGUUGUUAUUGAUACUCCAGACGCAAUGUCGGUUGGGGAUUUGCAACAUUUGGGAAGCUACGAGUCUACCAAGCAUCCUGUGGCAAGGGCAGGAGAUGCAUUUGUCAAUCCAGAAGGGAUUGGUAGCUCCACAAAAUAUAUUUUCUACAAGGCUGUAGGAACGGCCAUUCAAGAUGUCUUGACGGCAGAAGCAGUCGUCAAGAGUGCCAAAGAAAAGGGGAUUGGACAAGAAUAUGACAUGUCCUAG